GCAAAGCUCGCUCCUUCCGCCUUUCGGGGCCCAGCAGGCACGCCGCAGCGUUGCGUAGUGCUCAGCCGAUUGGGAAACCGAGGCAGGGUGCUGGGAGGUGCCCGAGAGCAGCUCCGGGAGGCAGCUGGUCCCCACCCAGCACCCUGAGCUGUGCUCUGCGGGGCCGGGGCUGCAAUGCUGAGGGGCUGCGUCCCCCGGGAAAGGCGUGGAUGGGGCUUCAAGGGGACGGGGAUGGGCUAGGACGGAAAACGAUGGGAGGAAAUGAGCCGGCCCCUUGGCGCAGGCAGGGCUGUGGGCGAGAGGGGAGCAGGGGAAAGUCCCUGCAGGUGUGGGGACCCCCGGGAGGUAGUGGGCUUGCAGCUGGCCAUUGGUGUCGAGGGGGAAUGUGAGACCCCCUUUGCCCAUUUGCACCCGGUGCGCUCAGCUGAACAAAAGCAAAUGUCCCUGCUAGAACGCAGCAGCGCAGAUGGCCCAAAGGGCUGGGGGGGGACGUGGGGGCUGUCCCCCUGCGCUCGUGCGGGGCACUGCCCACAGCCCCCAUGCCAGGCCGCUCUGCGCCCUGUGCCUCUGCAAGCCCUCCCGCCGCCUGCGAAAGAGGAAGCUUCAGAUGCAUUCAUCAUCCGCCUCCUCGGACAUGUCGACCCUCGCAGGGCACCCUGGAACGCACCAGCGAACAAGAGGCUGUUCCCGAGGAAGUCACGGGAGCUUCUGGCUUCCCAGGGCCCCUCCUGUGGUGCCGUGCUGGGCCGGAGCUGCCUGCAGGCAGAACGCUGCUCGGGGGCUCUGCUGUCACCAGCGUCCCCAACCCGUGGAGCUUCUGCCCUGUGAUGUUCCCCUAGCACGCACCCAAAUAACACAGCUCCUGGGGCGGCAGCUGCGGUACCCGCACCUGAGCCCCAAGUAUAAGGAGUCCUUUGACGUGGGGAGCGACAUCUUUGCCAAGUUCUCGGCAUACAUCAAGAACCCGCGCAAGGAAGCAAAUAUCAAUUUGGAGAAGGCCCUGCUGCGGGAGUUUCAUCGGCUGGAUGUCUACCUAAACACUCCUCUGCCCGAGGAGAUUGACCAGGACAGCGUGGAGGACAUCACUGUCUCCAAGAGGAAAUUCCUGGAUGGAAACGACCUCACGCUGGCUGAUUGCAACCUCCUGCCCAAACUGCAUAUCAUCAAGAUCGCAGCCAAAAAGUACCGUGACUUUGAGAUCCCAGCGGACAUGACAGGCGUCUGGCGCUACCUCAACAAUGCCUACGCCUGCGACGAGUUCAGUCACACGUGUCCCGCGGACGAGGAGAUAGAGCACACCUACGCCAGCGUCGCCAGGAAGAUGACCUAACCCCACCACGGGGCACGCCGGCAGCGCUGCCCCUGGCCGAGCCCUCCACCUCCGCAGUCCUGACAUAACCAAACCCCGGCCGAGGGCGGGACUGGAGGGGGUUUACGGCAUCAUCGCUACCCCCCGCCUUUCAGAAAUAGCGCCUUGCUUCACAGCCCCCUGCCGCCCCCUCCUCCUCCUCUGCCGGCCGGCUGCAGCCCCUGUGCACCCUCCGUGCUGGCGGCGAGUACGGACCGGUCCCUGCGUGGCUGCAGGGCCAGCUGCACCCCUACUCCCUGAAAACGGGUCUCGUGGCCUGUGACCAGGCAUCAUGGGAAGAGCCGAGCGCCAGCCUUCUGCAGCAGCAGUUUGGUGGAAGAGAUGAGGAUCCCCCAGCAAGCAGGGGGGCAGUGCUGCCUCCCCAUCAGCUGCUGGGGCUGCUCCGCUCUGCCAGCCCCCCCUGUCCCAGCCAUUCUGUGCGCUCCGGGAGAGGCGUCCUGGGAUCCCAGCACAACACCCGGGCUGGAGCAAUUUGAAUUCGCCCUGUCGCCCUUCCAUGCAGGACCCGCAGCCCGUGUUUGGGCAAGCCGUCUCUUCCACCAAGGCGCCCAGGUUCCCCCUGAAGACACCGCAAGUCUCUGCCCCGGGUAGUUUACCACAGCGACAAAUUGUUCUCGCUGCGAGAGCAUUGUAAUGUGCAUCUAAGUCCCCGUUAGGACAUGGCGGAAGGAAGACGCUGGGGAUGAUUCCUGGCAUGAAAGUACCGGGACCUACUGUGAAAGGGAGGGAGCGGAGCGGGGACUGGCGAAGGGCUGAGGCUCAGGGCAUCCCUCCCACGUGUGCCAGCGCCCAGGGCCACGUGCUGCUGGCUGCAAGGUCCCGCCUGUCUCCUGUGAGCUAAGAACCCUGUCCCUGCCUCGCAGAACACUGCAGGAGACGCGGCCACGUGCAGCUCCAGCCCUACCACCCCCCCCGGCCCCCACCAGCCCUGGGGUGGGGAUGCUGCCUGGCUCAGAGGGGGAGGCAUGGGGUAGGGCUCCCGUCCGGCUUCCACACCCCAGUACCGGGCAGCCUGAGAGCGCAGGCAAAAGCUGCUUUGCAAAGCACCGUGUCUGUAGGAGACACGUGGGCAGCUUUGGUGCUCCCUGGCUCAGCGUUGUGCCUUCCCGUCCAGUGUUGCUGAUGCCAGAGGAGUCAAAGCCACUCUGCACAGCCGUGACAUCCCAUCCUCCCCCAUCUGACACCUCCAGCUCCCCCAGGGGCUCCUGACAGAGCCCGUGAAUUCAGCCAGCCCUCCCCAGCCAGCCCACGGGCAACAAAAUACUGUACAGUGAGCGUGGUGGGUCCUGCGGGGACAUGCGGCGGCAGACCCUCCCCUCCAGCCCUCACUGCCAGCUCCCUCUUUGCACUAAAAGGUGUGUCCUCGCGAGCCUGCCUCCGAAAGCGUUGGGUUUGGGGGCUGGUUUUGUUAUCCAUGGCGUUUGGUUUGUUUGUUUUUUUUAAACUAAG